AGAGGGCGCUACAUGCACAUGUGACAUUGUAAGCGUGAAAAUGGUGCGGUGGGAUAUGAAUAUUAUUAAUAAUAAAAAUAUAUUUUGUAUUCCGGUAUUAAAGAUGAUCACUUUGUUUGCUGUCGUCUUGGCUUCAAUGGCUACCAGAUUUUACAAACUGUCCGAACCUGAACAUGUUUGUUGGGAUGAGACACAUUUUGGGAAAAUGGGGAGUUAUUAUAUCAACAGGACAUUCUUCUUUGAUGUACAUCCACCUCUGGGAAAGAUGCUGAUUGGUCUGUCAGGGGUCCUGAGUGGAUAUGAUGGCACGUUUGCCUUUGAUAAGCCAGGGGACAGUUACAAUGACAAAACCUAUGUUGGAAUGAGAGCUUUUUGUGCCUUGCUGGGGUCUGCUAUUGCCCCACUAUCCUUCCUUACUGUAUUGGAACUAACUCAGUCAAUACCAGCUGGAAUCUUGGCUGCUGCUUUUAUAAUAUGUGAUACUGGAUGCCUGACAUUAUCCCAGUAUAUUCUCUUGGAUCCAAUCCUGCUGUUCUUCAUUGCACUGUCUACAUACUGCCUGGUCAAGUUCUACUCAGUGUCACACAAACCCUUCCAUCUAUCAUGGUGGCUAUGGAUGGCAGCAACUGGUUUCUCAUUGGCUUGUGCAUUCAGUGUGAAGUUUGUUGGUCUAUUCAUAAUACUCUUGGCUGGAGCAACUACAGUACAGGAUCUGUGGGGUCUCCUGGGAGAACUCACCUUAACAAAGAUGACACUGUUUCGCCAUUUGUUGGCAAGAGUUGUGUGUCUGAUAUUUCUACCAGGACUCGUUUACCUCAUCAUUUUUGCAGUUCAUCUUCAAGUUCUUAAUGCAAGUGGGCCUGGCGAUGCUCAUUUCAGUUCUCAAUUCCAGUCAAGUCUCUUGGGUAACAAUUUGUACAAUACUUCCAUGCCCAGGGAUGUUGCGUAUGGAUCAGUAAUCACAUUAAGAAAUCACAGAGCAGGUGGAGGGCUCCUUCAUUCACAUAUGCAUCUCUAUCCUGAAGGAUUUGGCCCAAAGCAGCAACAGAUUACAACAUACUCUUACAAAGAUGAAAAUAAUAAUUGGUUGAUUAAAAGAGCUGAUGUGGAGCAUGACCCAUCACGGCCCAUCCAGUUUGUUACCCAUGGUGAUUAUGUACGACUUGAACACAUCCAAACUGCAAGAAAUCUUCACAGUCACGAAGAACCAGCACCACUAACUAAGCAGCACUUCCAAGUUUCUGGAUAUGGCAUUAAUGGCUCAGGAGACAUGAAUGAUAUUUGGCAAGUUGAGUUAAUCAAUCAGAAUGCAGGAGUGCGUAUCCAGACAGUCUUAUCUAAGAUAAAACUCAUCCACUACAAUACUGGUUGUGUGUUGUAUACAAGUGCUAAAUGGCUUCCUAAAUGGGGUUUUGAACAGAGGGAGGUCACAUGUAAUCCAGACACUAGAGAUUCCAAUAGUUUAUGGAAUGUGGAAGAUCAUGUCAACCCUAGAUUGCCCAACUUGAGUUUCCAAGUCCUUGCACCGUCCUUUCUUGAGAAAUUCAUUGAAUCUCACAUUGUUAUGCUGCAGGGUAACAGUGAGCUUAAGCCAAAAGCUGGUGAAAUUACAUCUCAGCCCUGGCAAUGGCCAAUCAACUACAAAGGCCAGUUGUUCUCGGGAGGAGUCAAAGCAGCUUAUACUGUCUACCUUCUGGGAAAUCCUAUCAUCUUUGUGGGAAAUCUGAUUUGUUUGACGGUCUUCUUGGUCCUGUAUGUUAUCUGGGCUUUGUUGGAGAAGAGGGGGUGUACAUUAACACCAAAAAUGAAAGAGAGAUGCCAUUCAACAUUUGGUGUGUGUUGCUUUCUCUUCAUUGGCUGGUUCUUCCAUUAUGCUCCAUUUUACACAAUGAGACGAGUACUCUACUUCCAUCAUUACUUCCCAGCAAUGCUAUUCAACAGCAUGCUCUCAGGUGUGCUUCUUGACUUUAUUUUCCAACUCGUGGAGGAUUUCUUUUCAGCCAAGAGUAGGGUUAAUAUCUACAAUAGCAGCAUUGUGAUUUCGCUGUCUAUCAUUGCACAUAGUUUCUACCUAUUUCACCCUCUGUCCUAUGGGAUUACCACAUCAUCAUUCAAUACAACUAGUAACAUGGCUGGCCUACAUUGGAUGGACUCCUGGGAGUUCUAAUGUUCUUCCUAGCGCCAGUGUCUUUCUACCUGGUUGAUGAGGCCUUGAAAUAUCUUUAUUCCCACUUAAGCAAAAAGUAUUCUUGCCUCUCCUAAUUAAUGUUGAGUCGCAUUACUACUCUCGUGUUUUCAAUGGUACAUGUUCUUUAAUUUAAUUGAUUAUUGCAAGUCUUAUUUAAUUUAUUUUUGGGUGGCAGAGCACCACUAGGGUUAUUUCCAGAGGUUGCAGGUUCAUGAACAAUUAAAAUCAAGUAAAUGUUUUUGAUAGAUAAAACUUAAUCAAUCUUUAAAAAACUAUAGUUUACAUUUUCCUUAUGAACAUCUAUCUCAGAGGCUUGUUGAAUUCAGAUUUUGUAUUUUUAAGCGAAAACUAUUCUUGCCUCUCCUAAGCAAUUUGGGAUCUUUGCAUAAAUACACUUUUUUUAAUGGUACUAUUAAUUCAAUUGAUUGUUGUAAGGCGUAUUUAUAUUAUAGUUUUGUCUGGGGUGGGGGGGGGGUACAGAACACCAGUAGGGUCAUUUCCAGAGGUUGCAGGUUCAUUUCCCAUGGCACUCCAGUCGGUUUCUUAUCCAAUUUGUAAUUAUAUGUGUGCACCUAAUCAGCGUCAGCGUGUUGUUUAUUGUUCGUUUUUAAACCUAUUUUACAUGUACAGGGUCGUAAGUAAUGAAAUAACACUAAAAUGAAAGAAAUAAACUGCUAGAUUAAAUUCUCAAUAGGGACUAUUAGUAUAAAAAAAAGUAUGCAAAGUACAGGAGAUGUAUGCAACUCAUUAAAAAAAAAAGAUGACGAUGUCAUUCUUUUGCGAGUUUUUCUCAUAGGGCCCACUAUCAUGAAUUAGCAUCUGUGAUGAAUAAGUUUUAGUUUGUCAUCCUGUAAGUAAAACCUGUAUUGUACUUUUAUCUAAUCGUACAACAACGAGUGACAGAAACACACCAUCUUAAGAUGAACGUGCUACAUUAAGCAAAAAGUAGUUAGCUCAUGUUUACCAAUUGUCUGCAUAUUAACCAAAAAGUAUCCGAGAAUCAGGUUUGCCUAAUUUGCUACCAGUUUCCAGACUUUAAGUGCAAUAAUUCACAUGUUUUAUUACAAAAUAAUGAAACAGAAAAAAACAGUGAUGAAGUUAAACAUAAUAUAUUUACUUGCAUGGAAGAUGUUUUGAAGUGUUCCUGUAAACGAAUAGGUCUAACUUUUACUGUACAAGUAUUUUUGUAUAUACUAGUAAUGUGAUAAAUUAUUUUAAUUUUGUA